GCUGACUGUAGCAGCAUAUCAAGCAAGCCAGGGGGAAAGAAAACAAUGAAGAUCAUCGCUCUCGUCGCGGCAGGAGCCGCUAUCUUAACGUCGAUUCCCUCUGUACACGGCCACGGUUACAUUGUGGACCCUGCAGCGCAGUGGACCCAAGGCUACCCGUCCAACGGAUACGGCAGCACCAUCGACAGCAAAGUGUUCGGUGAAAUUGAUGGAGGGAAGUACGGCUACGGUCCCAAUGGAGCCAUCAACAUCAUCAAAGCCAAUCUGGCCACGAAGGGUGGUGGUUCUCUUGGUGCACUCAUUGCGAAGAACCAGAAGCUCUACAGCAGCGAAGUUGACCCGGAUUGCGGACUCACUACCUUUAAGGACUCUGCUCGCUCCAAGCUACCAGCAUCGCAGCUCGAAUACACGGGAUUCACACAUCCUGGUCCGUGUGAGGUCUGGUGUGACGACACCAAGGUUCUGUUCGACUACGACUGCCAGACGAAAUUCCCGGGGAGCCCCUCAAAGAUUCCGUUCGACGAGUCCAAGUGCGCGAAAGCCAACCGUCUGACGAUCUACUGGCUCGCCGUCCAUGGCGAACAGUGGCAAGUGUACUCAGACUGUGUGUGGCUGGAGGGUGGGUCCGGCAAAGGUGAGCCGCCAUCAACGGUGGGAGCCGGAGCGUCGACGGUCGCUGCCGGGUCUGGUUCGAGCUCGACACAAACUACCACGCCGACUCCUGCCUCCAACGCGUCUCCGUCGACCAAUUCUACAUCCCCGUCCACCAGUACUACCAACGCUGCGACGAAUGCUCCUGCGACGAACUCGGACGAGAUUGGUAAUGAAGCAUCUACCGCUGGUGGCGGCGAGACUCCAGCAACGGAGGAGACAGCCCCAGCAACGGAGGAAACUACCCCUUCCACCGACGAGGCUACCCCUGCGACUGAGGCUCCCAGCACUUCCACUACCUCGAAGUGUACCCGUCGCCAGUAG